UUUCUGGUAGAUCUUCAAGAUCGUCCUGGCGAAGGCUUUCGACCUGAAGUGCACUAUUCCCGAGAUCGAGAACGUCGGCGAACCGCUGUUGCUCUACAAAAACGUAUAGAAUCACGAUGAAGUGCAAGUAACGACUAUGUACAUUGGGACGAAGUGAUGUUGACGACUUCUUCUCCCUUGGUGUGGGAUGAAGUGGCUGCCGUGGGAGGAUUUCUACUCUGCGUUUCUGCCGAUACGCAUUCUGCUUUCCUUGACUUGAUUUUCUUUUCUCCAGCAUUGGGACGCGUCCAGGAUUCUAUUCAUGUUCAUCAUUUUUCUUUCUUUUCUUCUCUUUCUUUUUUCCCUUCCUUUCUUUCUUUUCCUUGUGUUAAAUUCCCCACCGUGUUUUUAAUCUCUCUUUCCUCCACAUUUUUUUUUUCUAUUUCACUCAUUAUAAAUCUGCAUCUAAGACUCUUGAUGAGUUCGAGAUCAGAGCCAUGGCGCUAUCACUCGGAGCUCAACUGCUCACGAAAGGAACAUUGGAACCCAACCUUGAAGCAAUAAGGCCUACACUGGAAAUAUGCGUGAUAUAACAUGACUACAUGAAAUUCACUCAAUGUAUGCAACGUCCGACGUCAUCGGAACCCAGCCUCAGCCAGCCCUAAUUACAUACAUCACAUUCCCAACCCCCCUUUAGUACUCAUAAAUUCUCCGAAACUCAUUCAUCCCAUUCCCCA